GGCAAAUAAUGUAAAUAAGGCAACAGGGUAGGUUCAUGACGUAAUCCUCAUCUUCUGUCAUAUGUUUCAAAUAUGGCUGGUGUUAAAGGGCUUGUCACUUUGGCCUUUGCUGGUUCAAUUGGUAUGACACUAGUAAUACUAGGGUGUGCCUUACCUGACUACAAAGUCUGGUGGACAUUCUUUGUGGUACUUUUUUAUGUUCUGUCCCCUCUGCCAACCCUCAUAGCUCGACGUUACAUAGAGAAUUCUGGCUCCAGUAGCACAGCUGCAUAUGAGUUUGCUAUAUUUUUAACAAUGGGAUUUGUAGUCUCUUCAUUUGCACUACCCAUUGUCCUGGCUAGGUCUCCAGAACAUGAACCAGUGAUAAAGUGGGGAGCUUGCUACCUUACUCUGGCAGGGAAUGUGGUUGUCUAUGCAACUUUGCUUGGCUUCUUUAUGACGUUUGAGGCUGAAGAUACAGACUACAAUAUGUGGUGAUUGGUUCUAAUGGAAGUCUAUCAAAAAUAAAUCUUCAGGAAGGAAAUCCAGAGGUACAUGAUGCAUGAUUCAUAUAAGGAAAAUAAAAUAAAAAUGUGACAAAAGGACUUGGAAAUAUACUUUUUGUUUAUUUGAGUGUGCUGAGUGAAAGGACAUUGUUAUCUGUUCCUUAACAUGAGACACAGGAAGUAAUUUAUAGUAAAAUUAAUUGUUUUAGGAAGUGUUAAAUGAUAAGAGAAAUAGUGCACUGAUUGGUACAUAACCUGUGCUUUAAAAGUAAACUUCUCGUGCAUUAUACUACAGUUGUAGAGCUGAGGGGUGACAAAAGUUUUAGUUUAGAGGUGAAGUUACUAGAGGCACAGAUUACCAUUUUUUUUGUAAGUAAAAGAAGCAUACUAAAAAUUACAAGCAACUGAGUAUCUAGCUUGAAACUGAUCAGAAACCAGAAACAUGGGAUGUUUAAUAAAUUGAAUCCUUUCUUCAAAUUAUGUGAUGGUUGAUAAAAGACACCAGUCUUCAGAACAUCUGAAGCAAAUCCCCUAAAAUUCCAAGGAACAUAUAAAACAUUUGCCUGUUUCUAUUGUAAUAUUCUUCUUCCAGAUUUGAAUUAUUUCUAUGCCUCUAACAAUCUUGAAUUCUUACAAUCACUGUAGUUUUAGCAGAGAAUAUUAUAGUGUGCUCAAAAGGUAUGGGAAGAAAAUAUUGUUCACAAGCUGGAGAAGCUGUGGUAAUAAGUUACAUAAAAUGAUGAAUGAUUAAUAAGAAACUGAGCUGGAAGAUGAUAACAUAGAAAUUGUAACUGCCUUGAUGAUAGUAAAUGUUUUAAGUGAGAACAUUAAGGACACACACACUGCUGCUGUAACUGAAUGCCUUCUAAUGUUGUUUCUCAUACCUUUGUUUUUAUCAUACUGGAUUAAAAUGAAUCAUGCAGUAUUGUGUUUAACUUUAUACAACAUGGCCAUCCUGUUUCAUUAUUAAUCUGUUUAGAAUUGAAGACUUGGGGUCCACUUCCAUUCUUUGGACUGUGGUUCUGAUGCCUAGGCAAUAUCAUUAUUGUUGAUUUAUGUCUCUCACAGAUUUUAAUCCUUUCUACACUUAGAAAUACAGACCACUUUUAUAUUAUUAAUGUGACUAUAACCUUCUAGCCAUGUCGUUGUUGGAAAGUGUUUGUGGCAUUUUUAGAAUAAAUUAUGCAGCAAUAAUACAGAAGGAAUGCAACUGUUUUCUAAAUUAAGCUGUGUGUACGUGGAAAUAGUUAGUGGUAUUGUAAGAAAUUGGUAAGUUUGCUUUUCCAGGCAGUAAAUGGCAACGCAGUUGUUCUGUUCUACUUGUUGGAGUGUGCAAUUGAGUAUUACGGUGUUCCCAUGAUCUACAUAAUAGCAGUUAAUAAAAUUUGCACAAUGUGUGUAGAAGUCUUAUAGGAAUCUUCAUGUGGUUGCAUGUAACCCCACAGCAGUCCUUUCUGUUUAGUGUAGUCCAUGGAAGUUGAAUGAGUUCUCAGUGUUAGGAUCAUGAGUUUAAUGUGGAUGUAUAUAUAGAACAAGGUUCCAGAUGGUCUGAAUCACAACAUAUCAAAGUGUCAAAACAGGAGAUUUCAAAAUGUUCACAACAUACUGGAAAGGUACACUUACUAAAGGAAUGAAGCCCUAAUUGUGGAUUUUUCAUACUUAGGUCCAGUUUGUGUUGUCCCAGUUAAGUAUUUCUGUUUUGAAUUUUAUAUACUCAUGAUUUUCUGGAGUUUCAAAUCAGAUCCUCCUGGAGAGAGUGUUUAGAAUAAUAAAACAACUUGUCUGUAUUCUGAACCCAUUAACAACGAAUGUGCAUAAUUUCACACCUUUUCUUUUAAGAAGUUACUCUUGGUGGCCUUUUAAUUUUUGGUAUUUGAAAACCUCCAGUUUGAUAUAACCCAGAGCUUGGCAUUCAACAUUAAGGCAAUGGCUGUGAAAGUCCACUGUUGCACCAUGAUAUGAACUAAACAGAACACAUAGGCUUUAGUAAGAUUUGAGGUUUUCAUGGCAGUGAGUCUGAAGAUGGCUGUCUUCUGGGUUGCUCCACCGUGUAGUCAGGUAUAAGUUUACCAACAUUCCAGAGGUCCAUGCUGCCUGCAUUGAUGAUCACCCUGAUGAUGAAGGUAGCAUGGAACUCUGAAACAUUGGUAAACUUAUACCAGACUACACGGUGCAACAACCCAGAAGACAACCAUCUUCACAUUGGCUUUUUAAAUGAUGAAACAUACCACCACAAUGUUACUUAAGUUAAAAUGCUUUAUAUUCUUGUUUAUAAAAAUUCUUAUUGUUAAUUGAGUUUGCUUUUUAUGUAUAAUAUUCUAAGCUAAAUUACAUCAUACACUGUUCAUUGUAACCAAUGUAUAUAAUAAACAUAUGUCGUAGUAACAUCCCUUUAA